CGCUGCUCGGAUACAGAGCGAGACGGAUUGCAGAAACCCCUUCAGAAAUAUUUUCUUAUGAAUUUAUCUCCCAGAGACUACAUCUAAUUGGGACACCUACUUACUAUUGGAAUUUACUUUGGCUUUGGUAGGCCUACCAUGCAAGAGAUAAACAUGUCAGCAACAAAACAAAAACAGCAAAUCUUACUUUGUGAAAAACGGAAAUUGUAAACAAAUGAGUCACCUCAAUUAUGUCAGGUACUGGGUAAGAAGCGGUGUUUAUUGCAAUCUUCUGCCUUAGUGGCGAGUUUAUGCAUGAAUGAUGGAGGACAUUCUACAAGACCAGGAUUUGUGGGUGAUGAUGAACAAUUCAUUUAAUUCUGGUCAUAGUGGAAACAAGACCAGUACUGACAACCAGACCAGUGUGAACCCCCUGAAACGGAACGAGGAUGUGGCCAAAGUGGAGGUGACCAUUCUCGUCCUAGUCCUGCUGCUUGCGCUGGCCGGUAACAUUUGUGUCCUCAUAACUAUCCACACAAGCAAACGCAGCCACUCCCGGAUGUACUACUUUAUGAAACACCUCAGCAUUGCAGACCUGGUUGUGGCAAUCUUUCAGGUCCUUCCGCAGCUCAUUUGGGACAUUACAUUCCGCUUCUACGGUUCAGACUUACUGUGCAGGCUGGUGAAGUACCUGCAGGUUGUCGGCAUGUUUGCGUCCACUUACAUGCUUGUUCUGAUGUCCAUAGACAGAUGCCUGGCAAUAUGUCAGCCACUCCGCUCUCUGCACAGGAGAAAGGACCAUCUUUAUGUGAUUGCCUCUUGGAUGCUUAGUCUGAUCUUCAGUAUCCCUCAAGUGUAUAUAUUUUCCUUGAGGGAGGUGGGCAACGGAGUACAUGACUGUUGGGGAGACUUUGUCCAACCCUGGGGCGCGAAGGCGUACAUUACAUGGAUAAGUCUCACCGUCUACAUUAUCCCAGUGGCUAUCCUAAGUGUUUGCUAUGGCCUGAUAAGCUUGAAAAUAUGGCAAAAUGUUAAAAUGAAAACAAGACGGGAUCAGUGUAUUUCUCUGACACGGCGGAUGUCCAAGGGAACAGUCUUCUCUCGGGUGAGCAGUGUGAGGCUCAUAUCUAAAGCACAGGUCCAAACUGUCAAAAUGACUUUUGUCAUAGUCCUAGCUUAUAUUGUUUGCUGGACUCCUUUUUUCUUCGUACAAAUGUGGUCAGCAUGGGACCCUGCUGCGCCCAGAGAAGAUCUGGCAUUCAUUAUUGCCAUGCUGCUGGCCAGUCUGAACAGUUGCUGUAACCCAUGGAUCUAUAUGUUCUUUGCUGGUCAUCUGUUCCAUGACCUGGUGAGGUGCUUCGUCUGCUGCUCGUCAGAAUACCUGAAGGCCUCGCAUUGUGGAGGUUGUGAUCACCAGCAGUGCUGCAGGAGCAUCUCAACCUCCACCUACGUCAUCAAGAACCAAAGUAGUCAGAGAAGCAUCACUCAAACCUCCAGCACAUGAGGACCAUGGUGUGAGGUGCUCUCUUACCCCAAAACACCCAAGGUAUGUGAGGUUUAGAGUCUGGUCAUGGACUCCCCUCUCAAAAAGAAUCAGAACUUGCACCAUGCAAACAAGGCUUAGCGAUGGGGGGAGGGCGAUUCUUGUCAGAGGAGCAUCAUGCAGACAUCCAGAACAUGAAAACCACGAAGAGGGGUUGAGGACCCUCUAAAUCAGGGGAGGGCACGAGCCGAUAACAUUUUGACCUUGGUUGGUUUGGGAUUUUCUUCUAAUUAUAUGUUAAAAAUUAUAUUUCCAUUUAUUAAAAAAAUUCUGAUGUGGCCUUGAACCAAACAAUUUGCCCACCUCUUCUCUAAACCUAACAUAUCUUCUUAAUGUAAGGAUUGCUUUGGGCCAGGUACCCUCCUGCGAUUAGGAACAAAAGGAGAAAAAGCGGUGGAACACCCGACACCUUUAAGACAAUCAUUAUGUAGAGUUUGAACUACUGCAUCAUGAACGACCUUCAUUCAACCUCCUAUUGUGUUCAGGUCAAAACGGACCCUUUUUCAAGUAUAGGUGUGUGAAACAUACCUUUACAUUUUUAUGAUCAAAACAAGGCUUUAUUACAUCCUCAAUAAAAGCCUACUUAAAACCAUAAAAUGAGAUAACAAACAAAGAUAAUUUUCCUUUUAUUUAAAUGCCUAUAAAAGAAAAGUUACACCCGUGGUGUUAUGGGUCCAGUAGUAAAUAUAGGUUGUUUAUGCAGAUAAAUCCAUAGUAAAUGUUGCCAAAUCAUCAUGAAUAACAAAUAUGACAACAAACCAAAAAUAAUAGUAAUAAAAUCCUAUAACAAUAGUAUAAUAAUAUUGUGUAAUAAUAUUUAAAUUAUGAUGUCAAGAAAGCCUAUUGACUUGAAUUAUAUUGUGGAGUGGCACACAUCAAAUAUGAUCCCGCGCACACAUACCCACUCUCUCUUUUACUCACAUGCACACACACACACACACACACACAC